GCUUGCGACAAGUACAGCAUCAGCCUGAGGCAGCUUCAGAUCCUUCAGAACUGAGAUCCUUCAGAGAGGGUCAUGAAGGUCUUGAAGUGAUUCUGCCUCUAAAGGGAGUCCCAGGAGGAACCACUAUUCUAAAGGGUAAAACUAUGUAUACCUGCUUCCUCCUAAAAUUAGUAUUAAAAAAGCAAGUGAGUCAAACAAAGAUCCGGGUGAUCUCUACCAUUGUCUUCAUCCUGGCAGGCUGUGUUGUCUUUGUGACCAUUCCUGCAGUUAUCUUCAAACAUAUCGAGGGAUGGACAGCCUUGGAGUCCACCUACUUUGUGGUUGUCACUCUGACUACUGUUGGCUUUGGUGACUUUGUAGCAGGAGGAAAUGCUAACAUCCAUUACCGGGAGUGGUAUAAACCCCUAGUGUGGUUUUGGAUCCUUGUUGGCCUUGCCUAUUUUGCUGCUGUCCUGAGUAUGAUUGGAGACUGGUUAAGAGUCCUGUCCAAGAAGACAAAAGAAGAGGUUGGAGAAAUAAAAGCCCACGCAGCGGAGUGGAAAGCAAACAUGACGGCUGAGUUCAGAGAGACACGGAGGCGGCUGAGUGUGGAGAUCCAUGACAAACUUCAGCGGGCAGCCACCAUCCGGAGCAUGGAGCGUAGGCGCCUGGGCCUGGACCAGCGAGCCCACUCCUUAGACAUGCUCUCUCCAGAGAAGCGCUCUGUGUUUACUGCCUUGGAAACAGGGCGCUUCAAAGCCUCAUCUCAGGAAAGCAUCAACAACAGGCCUAACAACCUGCGCCUUAAAGGUUCAGAUCAGCUCAAUAAGCACGGGCAGGGUGCAUCUGAGGACAACAUUAUUAACAAGUUUGGAUCAUCUGCUAAAAUGACCAAAAGGAAAAACAAAGACCUCAAAAAGACCAUCCCUGAGGAUGUGCGUAAAAUUUAUGAAAACUUCCGGAACUACUCCUUGGAUGAAGAAAAAAAAGAAGAGGAGAUGGAGAAGAUCUGUAAUUCUGAGAACUCUUCUAGCACUGCAGUCCUGACCAACUGCAUCCAGCAGCACUCAGACCUGGAGAAUGGAGUGAUCCCCAAUGAAACCAAAGAAAGGGAACAUGAAAAUAAAGUGUUACUUGAAGACAGAAAUUAAACAUAAAAGAUGCUUGACUUGAAUUAACAAUGUUAGUGUUUUUAUAUUCAUAUAUAUAUUGAGACACGUGCCUUAUACAGACUCCUUGUUCAGUCUGAAUUAUAUAGCAUUGAAGAAUAUUUCACUGUGCCAUAAACACUCAAGCUUGCUCUGCCAAAACAUAUCAGGAACACAGCACUGCAGAAUGGCAACAGAAAGCUAUGCACAUGGAAAUUUCAGCCUGUAUAAAAUUACCAGGGUAAGACACAAAUGAAGAGAUUGAACCAUGGCGAUAUCACCUGAGUGCUCCUACCAUGGUAUAAUACUAGAGAAAGGGCAGCUAUGUAAGAAGAGCCUUUCAAAGGGAUGACAAAGUGUAUCUUUCUAAUGGAGUAUGCAUCCAUAAAGCCUUCCCCUGGUGAUUAAAAAGAGGAGAAAUGAUUGGAGUGAACUAGAAACUUUCAGUAAGGCUUAGUUUA